UCCGGUACAGCCACGGCAGGUCCGGCCACGCGGGAGGGCGCAGUCCGCGGCCUGCCUUCUUCUCCUCUCUCUCCACCUCCUCCUCCGCCGUCCACCCCGGGCCGAGCGCAGCAGCAGGCGCGCCGCCAUGGAGCGCGGGUCGCCGGGAGCUUCGAGGCCUGUGGAGCCGGGGCCUUGCCUGAGUAGCCUGCGGGGCGCGGAGCCAGCGGCCUCGGCCUCAACGCUGAGCGCCGCCCGGGCCCAGCCCGGGAGCCGCGUGAUCGCCGUGGCGGCCGUGCUGCCGGCCGGGGGGUGCGGGGAAAGAAUGGGAGUCCCCACCCCGAAGCAGUUCUGCCCCAUCUUGGAGCGGCCGCUCAUCAGCUACACCCUGCAGGCCCUGGAGAGGGUAUAUUGGAUAAAGGACAUUGUGGUGGCAGUGACACGAGAGAAUAUGGGAGCAAUGAGGAAUAUUAUUCAGAAGUACCAGCAUACACGCAUCUCACUCGUCGAAGCUGGAGAGACUCGUCACAGGUCAAUUUUCAAUGGUCUGAAAGCCCUGGCGAAGGAUCAGCCAGACACCCAACUCUCUAAGCCAGAAGUUGUGAUUAUCCAUGAUGCUGUCAGGCCGUUUGUUGAGGAAGAUGUCCUCCUUAAAGUUGUUGCAGCUGCUAAGGAACAUGGGGCAGCAGGAGCAAUCAGACCCCUUGUAUCUACAGUUAUCAGUCCCUCUGCCGAUGGCUGCUUAGAGAUCUCCCUGGAACGUGCCAGACACAGAGCCAGUGAAAUGCCACAGGCUUUUCUAUUCGACGUGAUCUACGAAGCAUAUCGGCAGUGUAGUGACUAUGACUUGGAAUUUGGAACUGAAUGUUUGCACUUGGCUCUAAAAUACAGUCACACAAAAGCCAAACUGGUAGAAGGACCACCUGACCUCUGGAAGGUGACCUACAAGCGAGAUCUGUAUGCGGCUGAAUCGAUUAUUAAGGAGAGAAUUUCACAUGCGGUUUGUGUAGUUAUGGAUCCCAAACAAGAUAAAGAACCUGUAGAUCAUUUCCUUGAAGCUCUCAAAAAUGAAUUAAAUGAUGUUAAAAUUGAAUCUCGAGAACCGGGUCAGGCUGGCAGAGAUAUUCAGCAGAGCAACUUAGAGCAAUGCUACAAUUUUGUUAGUAUGAAUAUUAUGAUGUCUGAUUUUCAAGAGACCCGGAAACUCCUGCACAUGCUUGAAGAGAGCAACCUUUCCAUCUUGUACCCUGUAGUUGUUGUUUCAGUGCAUUUCUUUGAUUUUAAAUUAGUGCCUCUCAGUCAGAAAAUGGAGAGCCUCAUGUGGAUUAGGGAAUCUGCAAAGGAAAUGAAAAAAAGAAAUAUUUUAUUAUUUGGCCUAAUCAUAGAUUACUCACAGGGUGAACAGAAGCUUCAGGAGAGUUUAAGACAAGGGGCCAUCAUUAUUGCUUCCUUAAUUAAAGAAAGAAGCUCUGCACUUGUUGGUCAGCUACUAGUAGCAUGAAGAACAUAGGCAGAACAUCACCAAUGAAGCUUCUGAAAGUGUUUAUCUAAGCACCUGUGUGGUGUUUGAUUGCCCACCUCCACUUCUCUUGGUGUAUAUGCUAGAAUUAUAGUUAUUUUCUCUAUCUUGUCUUUGGAGGUUAGGGUGCUUGGAUUAUGGAUCAGUGCUUGUAUCUAUGAAAUUGUGUAUAUCAUUACACAAAUCGCUUCAACCAGAAAAGAGUACAUGAGUGGAGAAUAACUGCCUUCAUAUAAAGCAUCUUUUCACAAAGGCCAAAAGAUUUGAAAUCAUGAUUAGUGUGAGCUCUUUCUUUAAAGAACAAACAUUUAGAGUAUGUCAUGUAUUAACUGUAUGUUCAUUAAUAUGCACACUACAAUGAAGCUAAUGGAUAAUACCAUUCAGAGCUAUUCUUCUUUCUAGGAUUGUGCUCUUACCAGGUGAAGUUUUGUGUUGUCUUAUUUUGAAAUUUUCUACAACUUAAAAUACAGGGUUAAUGAAAUGGAACCAUUUGAAAUAAUUUCUUUCUUUCUUU